UACGAAACGAACAUUGCCAAGUGCAGAGUUUGUGAUGAAAAAGUGGGGGAAACAAGCCUCGGUGCCUUUAAACGCUCGCGUGGUCGACAAAAAGAAACCUCGCCUUGUGCGCGAGAGAGCUAGGAGAGCUACACUAGCGAUAGGCGCUGGAUGAGCUCGUGCGCUCCGAGCUCAUUACAGUAGCGACUGGUGCUGACGCUCGGCGCGCGACCACUGGGACACGUCGCUCUAGGAAGAACCGCGCGACAUCACCUGUGUGCACUCGCGCAAACACAGCCAUCACAAAUCUCACGGCGGAGAAUCGCCCGUUGUUGUCAAGAACGAAGAACCGCAGGAGUAUCAAAGUCGCAGGUGCUUCUGUGGGCUCGCUAGACUUAUGGGAACAAGCAUCAACCCGAAAGACCACGGGUGAAAGUUGUGUUGAUUUCGAAGAGACACCCAGGAACCAAAGUGUCGUUUGCCUCUUAUAUUUAACGUAGCUACAUGAUUCACUAGUUGGGGAAACAAGCCUACUUUGAUAACAUCUCGAACCAGAAACGGAGGUCCUUACGCACGGCAAGAUGUCCAGGAAAAAGCCGGCCAAAGGCAAGGCGGGGAGCAGCACACCUACAGCCUCCCCCAACAGCAAAGAGAGCUGCAGAAGUGCUAAAGGUGCCGCUGCCUCAGGUCAAACCAACGGGGUGAUCCACCCCAGCCGGCCGUCUCUCAGCAACAGUGGCGAGUUCUACGACCUCGCUUUCAAGGUGAUGCUAGUGGGAGACUCUGGAGUGGGGAAGACGUGUCUGCUGGUGCGGUUUAAAGAUGGUGCCUUCCUGGCCGGCAGCUUCAUCUCCACCGUGGGGAUCGACUUCAGAAACAAAGUGUUGAGCAUCGAUGGUGUGAAAGUCAAACUGCAGAUCUGGGAUACAGCAGGGCAGGAGCGAUUCAGGAGUGUGACACACGCUUACUACCGAGACGCUCAUGCCCUUCUCCUCCUGUAUGACGUUGCCAAUAAGGCCUCCUUCGACAACAUCCAGGCGUGGUUGACAGAGGUUCAUGAGUUUGCCCAGAAGGAUGUGGUACUAAUGCUCCUAGGGAACAAGGCUGAUGCCGCACAUGAGAGAGUGGUCAAGAGAGAGGAAGGAGAAAAACUGGCCAGGGACUUUGGAGUGCCCUUCAUGGAGACCAGUGCCAAGUCUGGUCUGAAUGUGGAGCUGGCCUUCACAGCAGUGGCAAAGGAGCUGAAGUAUCGGGUGCUGAAGGAGCCUAGUGAGAAGUUCCAGCUGCAGGAGUACGUCAACAAGGAGAUGAAGGGGGUUGGAUGCUGCAGGACCUAGAGAUGACCUGUGUGUGUGUGUGUGUGUGUGUGUGUGUGUGUGUGUGUGUGUGUGUGUGUGUGUGUGUGUGUCUGUGUGUGUGUGUGAUGUGGUGCGUGUGUGCGUGUGUGUGUGUCUAUGUAUGUUGCAUAGGCAGAGUGCGUAACUGAGCCAGUUUCUGUCAGCUAUACUCGUCUCCAUGUGGAAAUGUAGACGUGAAAUGCUUCAAAGCAGCAGUUUUUAUGUUAAAGUUGUGUGUGUGUGUGUGUGUGUGUGUGUGUGUGUGUGUGUUUCGCGCCCCCUGACCCACCUUUCCUUUCUGCUCUGAAUGUAUCUGCCCAGAACCCCCUGAAUCGCUAUCUCUCGCACGCAUGCACACACACACACACACACACACACACACUCAAAAGGGGGGGUCUUUUUUUGGUGCAAUACCUUAUGAAUGUAUGGUCUAUCUGAUGUACAGUUUUACUGUAUGAGUCCACAGCUUGUAAUCAGCAUUUAAUGUUCAAUGGAAAGUAGCUGUUUUGUUGAUGUUUCUGACUGUAGUUGGGUUCUGAGACAUAGACCAGUAGACGCCUUAGAGAACGUAGAACAUAGAACUUUGGGUCCCCGUCUACCAGCCGCUGAUGUCAUUUAUGGCAAUAUUGAUGUGAUGUCAUCCCAUAUCGCCCCGAGCUCAAUGGACUGUCACAUGUCACAUGUCAUGCAUUGUACAGGUAUUUUAUCAACGGCAUUUACACAGAUUGAAGAUUAAUGUUUUUCUGCAUCUCAAUUUAUGCAGUAUUAAUAUUUUUUACAUGUAAACCACAUACGUACAUAUAUACAUACAUACCUACCUACAUACAUACAUACAUACAUGAUGAAAUACAAUUUUAAUCAAUUCAUGACUGACACUUUUAACAUUUCUUCAAUGUUUGACAAAUGACUAAUCCAGUAUUGUACCAAUCUGUUUAUUAAAGACUAAAUGUCGUGUUUCCUUUCUUGAUAGAUUUCCGAUGGUCCUUAAGACUUGUAAUGAACCUUACCUCUGAUAGGGCCUUGUAAAGGCAUUUCUCACGUAUACGUUGAUAUCUCUAUGGCUUCAGUAAAUCUGUUCAGGCACAUGCUUCUGUUCAAACCGCUACUGCUAUAUAAGCUUUUUAGGUGUUUUUUUCUUUUGUACGUAUCUGAAAUUAUCUCGUAAUAAAGAAAACUGGUAAAAA